AAGCUCUGAAUGAAAAACACAUGGAGAGAGACAGAGGAAGGGAGUGAGUGGAACAGAGAGAGAGAGAGAGAGAGAGAUUGACUAAAUCCUGCUCAGUAAAAGAGGGGGAGCACAUUCACACCCUUUAGGGGACUCACAGGAAAGGAGAGAGAAUCAGAGAAACACUCAGUCAAAUAUUGUCUUCAGUCAGUGAAACACAUAAACAUGUCCAGCUCAAUCCUACGAAGACAUUCCAGCAAAAGGGGAUUGGAGAACCUCCAGAGGAUCACUGCUCAGCGCAGUCUGGAGGAUGCAGAAGAAAUAGAGAGAGAACGACGACGACGUGCAAGAGCCAGUACCUCUUCUGAGGCUUCUCAAGCUACUGGGACCCCACAGGACAGCCCUUGCACUGCACAGGCUCUGGACAACCAGGGUCAGAAUGAUCUGGUUCCAAGCUGUCAAUCCUCUUUGGAAGAGGACGAAGGCUUCAGUGAUUGGACACAUCUGAGCAGGCGCAAACAGGGACAAACGGAACAUAAAGAUAUAGAAACACAUCUCAACGGCUCUCGUCACUCAAAACUUCAGCUCUGUUCCAGCUCUGCUCAACAUAGCAUAAACAUUGAUGACAGCACCCCAUUUAUACAGACUCAACCCCCCUUUUCAAAUCAGCAAAACCUGGAUGAGGAUGGUGAUGAUGAAGACUGGGGAGCCAGAGAGCGGGAAAGAAGGGCUAACAUUAAGGCAGCAGAGAGGGAGGAAGGAGAGAUCAGACGGUGGUGUGCAGAGGAGGACGAUCCAAGAAGGAUGAAAGGUCAUGAAUCAUCUUUCUGGAAAAAACAAAAUCAGAGGAGUGAUAUGGAUGAGAAGAGAGAAAAGAAGGUAGCGAUGAAGAUAUCCUACACCUCCACAGUCCUCCUCCAACAGAAUGGGAGACAGCACAGCACAAAUGGACAAGAGGGGAGGAGAAUAAAUGACAGAGAACUGAAGAUACAGAGUAACAUGGAUUCAGCAGCUCUCAGCAGACCAGAUAGUGUGUCAGAGGAAGUGUUUAUAAACAACAGUGAGGAGAACCAUCAGCACAGAGAAAUGGGGGAUCAGACUCAUGAGGAGGUCCAGCACAGAGAAACAGAAGAUCAGACUCAUGAGGAGGUCCAGCACAGAGAAACGGGGGAUCAGACUCAUGAGGAGGUCCAGAGGAUGAGAGAGGAGGAGAGAGAGAGGAAGAGGAGGGGUGUGAUGGAGAAGUUAAAGAGGUUGAGCAUAUCCAGCGGAGAUCCAGAGGAGCCCUUCAGUCCUCUCAGCCCCAGGAGCCCCUCCUACAUGGCUGAGGGUGAGGAUUGGCAAUCAGAAGGUACAAGCUCGAUUACUGAGAGGACUGAGUCUCUAAACCGCUCCAUUAAAAAAAAGAACAGCAUAAAGAAGACCCAGCCUCCCACGAUCAUCUCGAAGUUAGAUGGUAGAUUGGAGCAGUACAACCAUGCCAUUGAGGAGUGCUAUAAAGAGGGGAACGUAGUCAAGCCAAUGGAUGUCCCAACACCACCAGAGCCCGUAUCUGCUAAGAAGACCCUCUUUGAGGCGGGAGAAGCCUGGAAUCAGAAUUCAGCGAAGGCUGUGUCCUCUAAGGAUACAGAGGGAAUGAAGGUGGGCGUGGCAGAUCUAAUUAACCAGUGGGUGAAAGGAAACUCUGAUGUUAACACCAAGAGCCCCUCCUCCAAAGCAGCUUGUCAAGAUGUUAAGGCUGGUGAGGUGCGCAACAUAAAAUCCAUGUGGGAGAAUCUGGGAGAUGCUUCUUCACAGGAUAAACCAUGCACAAAGGGAUCGGCUGGCAAAAGGUACAAAUUUGUUGAGAAUGGGCACGGGAAGUAUGAGAAGGUCUUCAUUGAUAACGACACAAACUAAGGAUCAACUGGCUGCUAGAAACAAAGAUGUCUGAAGACAGGAUGCUGAUGUGAUCACCGUCCUUCAAUUAUUGCACUGUAAAAAAAAAAAAAAAUUAAACCAACUAAAAUAGAAAACUUUUACAUUUUAAUUGCUGCCUGUCUAAUUUUACUUAAAAUCAAAAUGGUGCCAAGGCCACAAUCACUUUGAGUGACUUUACUGAUGAAGAAAAUCAAGUUGAAACUUUAAAAACUUGUUUAAUUGGGUAAAAGUUAUUUUAACAAGUUCAUAUUAUACAUAUUUACAGAAUGUGUGUGUAUAUAUAUAUAUAUAUAUAUAUAUAUAUACACACACAUACUUUUUGAAUGAUUUCUGAUAAAAACUUUCUUUUGGUUUAAUUAGCAUUUUCAUUCUAAGCAUUCUUACUCUCGCCGUCCUGCUCUCAUUUAAUUUUCUUUCAUCUCUCAAGAUUGUUCUAGAAUAUUGUCUCCAUAUAAGUGAAUAACAUUCUGUUAAGUAGCCUUACACAGUCAACACAUGUAAACCAAUCUACCAAACAAGUGUAAGGUGUAUUUGUCACAAAUAAAACUUUCAGGUCAAUUUUCA